AUGGCAACUUCUCUCUCCUCCAAAUUUUAUUUCCUUCUUCUUCUUCUUGUAUCUCAAAUACUCGCCGUUGCCGUGGAAUGUCGCCGGCAUGAUAAAUCCGGCGUAUCGCCUCCUAUUUUCAUCUUCGGCGACUCUUUUUUCGAUUCCGGUAACAACAAUUAUAUUAAUACGACGACGCUUGAUCAGGCUAAUUUCUGGCCUUACGGCGAGACUUUUUUUAAAUUUCCAACCGGAAGAUUCUCCGACGGCCGUCAUAUCGCCGACUUCAUUGCUGAAUUUGCGAAAGUGGCGUUGGUUCCUCCAUUUUUACAGCUGAAAAGUGAAAAUAGAUUUAAUUAUAACGCCGCCGCCGGAGUUAAUUUUGCAUCUGCCGGCGCCGGAGCUCUGGUUCAGACAUUUCAGGGAUCGGUAAUUCCGCUUAAGACGCAACUAAAAUUCUUUAAAGAAGUUAGCGAACGGUUAAGGCACCAAGAAGGUAAAACCGUGUCGAAAAAGACAUUGUCAAGAUCAAUUUACCUUUUUGCCAUUGGAACAAAUGAUUACAUCAGCCCUUUCUUAACCAAUUCAACAUCACAAUUUGAAUCAAUUGGAACCAAUGCUUACGUGUCAUUCGUGAUUAGCAACUUAACAAGUGUAAUUAAGGAUGUAUACAAAAUAGGUGGAAGGAAAUUUGGGUUUUUAAACUUAGGCCCAUUGGGCUGUCUACCGGCCUUGAGAAUAUUGGAUCCAAAAGGUAAAGGACAAUGUAUAAAACAGGCUACAGAAUUGGCCCAACUUCAUAAUGAAGUCUUAUACGAAGUCCUACAAAAGCUAGAAAAGGAAAUGGAAGGGUUUAAAUAUUCAUUGUAUGACUUUAACAGUGCCCUAAAGUUAAGAAUGGAUUACCCUUUAAAGUAUGGUUUAAGGGAAGGUAAAUCGGCUUGUUGUGGAACAGGGGAAUUUAGAGGUGUUUUUAGUUGUGGUGGGAAAAGGGUAGUUAAGACAUUUCAGCUUUGCAGUGUUCCUAAAGAUUAUGUGUUUUGGGAUUCUUUGCAUCUAACUGAAUCUGUUUAUAAGCAAAUGGCUGGUGAAAUGUGGAGUGGAAGUACCAUUUUGCCCUCCUUUAACUUGAAGCAACUUUUUCAAUCAAAUUGAUAAUAUGUUAUUUUGUUGUA